AAGUCAUUCACUGCUCUCGAUACUAACAAAUAGCUACAAAAUAUGGCUGCGAAAUCGUUUCUUCUCUUCUGUGCUCAAGCUCUAUUAUUCAAGUGUAUAUCUAGUCAAUGUAUUGGUGCUGCAUACAAUCCCUUGGCCGCUGAAGGCUUGGCCUGGGGUACUCCGAAUGCUCUAGCAUGGGAAGCUGCCGCUGGACCUUGGGGAGCUCCCUGUGCAGCAGCGGCUUGGGCUACAGCACCUGUCGCUACCACUCCAUAUGCAACCGCUGAAUGGGCUGGAGGUUUUGGACCGGCUACUCUAGCUGCAUCUAACGGCGGUGGACUUGCUGUUACCAGCGCUUCACCAAUCGCUCCAAAUGGUGUUGCAAUGACCUCUGAUAAUGCUUAUGAAGGAGCUUUAGCCGUAUCUGGUGCAGUGCCGUUCUUGGGAGCCGUAGCAUUGGAAGGUGCCCUGCCAACAGCUGGAGCUGGUGCUAUUAAUUACGGCUGUGGAAAUGGUAACGUGGCUAUGAUUACUGAAGACGUCACUCCUGCUGGCUAUAAUGCGUUUCCUGGGACAUAUGGCUACGGUCCAAUCGCAGCUGCUGAAUUAGGAUAUGGUUAUGGCCCAUUUGGUUUUGAAGCUGGGAUUAAUGGACCUGCCUUCGGUUACAGAGGAUGUGGAGCAGUUUACUAAGUCUGUUAUUAAAUUUCAUGUUAUGUAAUUAAAUAAGAAAUUAAACA